CAAAAAGGAAAAUUAAAUUAAAAAGUUAACUAAAAUCUUUUUAUGAAAAAAGGAAAUACAUUAUUAGUAUCAAUCAUAUAUGAAAAUUUUAGUUUACUAAGGGUAUCUAUGUAAUCAACCAGCGACACAUAUGAAACUAACUUCUCAAAUAAUGUUAUAGAGAUUCAAAAAGGAAAAUUAAAUUAAAAAGUUAACUAAAAUAUUUUUAUGAAAAAAGGAAAUACAUUAUUAAUAUCAAUCAUAUAUAAAACAAUUUAGUUCAUUAAUGGUAUCUAUGUAAUCAACCAUCGUGAGAAUUAAUGUGAGCGUGACACAUAUGAAACUGACUUCUCAAAUAAUGUUAUAGAGAUUUUAACUUUCUUUGACAGUUUUUGGGUUUUCCUUGGACUUGUAAUCACAAUUUUAAUUGUAAUAUUAAGUUGCUCAUUAUAACAGAUUCUUUUAAUUCACUAUAAAGAAUAUCAUUUUCUUGCAGAAGAAAAGAUAAGAUCUUAAUUUGGAGAAUUAAUGGCUAGCUUCAACAACUUUGUGUUACAACUUCUGUUAACAAUCCCUCUUAUAAUAGUCGCUGAAGCAGCUCGAGAUCGACGAGCAAUACUAUCAGAAAAAGAGAAAAAAGAACUUGAGAGGCAACUCAAAGCUAUCAACAAACCAGCAAUCAAGAGUUUCAAGACUGAACAUGGUGAAAUAUUUGAUUGUAUCGACAUUUACAAGCAACUAGCCUUUGAUCAUCAUCUGCUCAAAAACCACACUGUUCAGGUGAAGCCUACAAGUGUACCUAAAUGGAUCACAAGCAAAAAUAUUUCACAGAAACUUGAUCCCCUGCAGCUUCUGCCGAGGGGCAUAAGCUGUCCAGAUGGAACCGUAAUUGUUAAAAGGACUACAAUGCAAGAUCUGUUAAACGUGCAGCAUCUGAAAUCAAUUGGAUUCAACAGACAUAGACAUGUCCAUACAGAGGGAAAUGACAUCGAUUUAACUGGACAUCAUUUUGCAACAAUUGAUUACGAAUAUAGCACUGUUUCUGGAGUAAAAGGAAACAUUAACCUAUGGGAUCUACAAGUGUCACAAGAUCAAGUUAGUCUUGCAACCAUGGCUAUUGCUGGAGGUCCUAUUGAAAACCUCGCCAGUAUUUCAGUUGGAUGGAUGGUCAAUCCAUUGCUGUACCAAGAUCACAUUCACUUGUAUACCUACUGGACUGCCGAUGGAUAUAAGAAAACCGGCUGCUACGACAUAAGAUGUCCAGGAUUUGUGCAAGUCAGUAAGAGGAUACCACUUGGUGUCCUUCUUAAACCAGUUUCGAUUUAUGAUGGUACACAGUACCAGAUGGAAUUAAGCUUGCAUCAGGUAAAAAAGGCUCCAUAGUCUGGUGUGAAUGUUGGGUAUUGGCCAAAGUCAUUAUUCAUAGCUUCAGGCUUAGCUAAAGGAACGGAUAAGGCAUCGUGGGGAGGUCAAGUGUACAGUCCACUGACAAAGAAGAGUCCAUUUAUGGGCAGUGGGCAUUUCCCAAAUGAAGGUAUGGGAAAAGCAGCAUUUAUAAACGGUAUUGAAAUCAUUGAUGGAAAGGGAGAAGCUUUGAUUCCACAGAUCUAUACUAUAAAGACACAUGAGAGCAGUCCAAAUUGUUAUAAGGCCAAGUUUAUUCAUGAUGAUGAUGAUCCUUGGAUAAGAGCUGUUUUCUAUGGUGGUCCUGGCGGUUGCACAGGGCAAUUAUCAUCUGAAGAGUCAGAAGGUCUUAAGAAUUUAGAUAAGCUAUGA